AUGUCGGCAUUUCAGCAACAACACUUCCGCUCCGAGUCUUCGAGCACAAGCACCACGUCUUAUGGCUCGACCGGCUCGGCCUACCAGCUCAUUCUUGACCACAUCCUUACGUACCCGGGCAGCUAUGAGAUUCCGCUGCGGACGAUGUACACGCUCAAUUGCGCACCCCGCGCACAGCCGGUGCACCCUGGCAACAAAAGUCCGUCCAGCGUGGCUAGCUCGCCCAUCUCCCAGCAAGGUCAAUGGCACGAUAGUCCAACGACACUAACCUUCACGGAGAACUUGAUGGCACAGAUCUCUAAACUGCCAAAUCAGCCAACGUCUCUGCCACCCAGCUUCAUCACGUCUUUCGUGCAGCGAUGCUUUCCGCCGGAACUCAUUGACGUGGACUUCCCGCAGGCUCUUACAGGACUUGACUACCUCAAAGACCUUGAGACGAGACGGCGGCGAGAAGUUGCUGCGGCAAUGAGCCGUCUCGCUAUAGAUCGUACGACACUGGAACUGGAUGAUGCCUCCUUGGGUGACCGGUACCCUGGAGUACAGCAGUGGGUCAUGUCAAUCAACGAGAAGGAGCGCAAAGUCGACGCAUUGUAUACUCAAGUCUAUGUCUCUCUGCGGCGGUGGAUUCUCGUCAACGAGAUGUCGUUGCAGCCAUUUAGCAAGGUCAACUGCGUCGCUAUGCUCAACACGCUGUAUCCGCCCACAGUACCGGCACCGCUCACCUCGACAUUGACCUCUGCUGUGUUGAAGGACCAGCGAGACGGUUUCUUCAAGUAUAUUGUCAAUGUUGAGCAGAAAGGUCCACGAAUUCUGACCAACCUGAUGAACCAAGGCAAGGUGCUUGGCGAGGAGAACGGCUGGGCUGCAGCAGUACGCACCCUUGGCAAAUAUUUGCAGCUAGCAAACAGCAUAAUCGUCGAAUGCUGUGAGAUCACCGAUGUCCAACAUCUUUCCUCUCAAACGCCAAGGGACUCCGGCACCUCGAAGACGCCUCGAAAAGUGGACUCUGGCGUCAGCUUCAACGCCAGUGAACCUCUACCUAGCGAGCCACACGUGAUAACUGAAACAAUGGUUCCUGUCGAGCCGCACAGUCGACCGAAGACACCAUCUGGUCAACGAUAUGGCACGCCGCUUGAGAUGCUGGCUCGCGGUCUGAAAACCAUCGGACGCAGCAGGAACAAUGCCAAGGGUCUGCGCAAGAUGCGUAGCCUCGGAGCACUGAGCGACCGGAAGGCUCAGAUAUCUUCGCCGAGCGCGCCUGACUUUGAUGUGGAUGCAAUGCGAUUGCAACGAAUGAGGUACGAGGCGAGUACCGCAGCGUCACACACGCCUAGGAGGCAGCAUCACGAGAUAUGA